AUGGCAGAGGCAUUCAAAAUCAGACUGCUCCAGUCCACUCCUUAUUAUGCCAAAGCCAAUGGACAGGCGGAAUCAAGCAACAAAGUGAUCAUCAACAUUAUCAGGAAAAUACUUGAGAAGAAUCCAAACCAAUGGCAUGAGAAGCUGUCAGAAACUCUGUGGGCAUAUAGAACUUCAAAAAGAGAAGCAACUGGCAUGACUCGCUAUGCGUUAUCCUACGGUCAUGAUGCAAUUCUUCCUAUGGAGAUAGCUGUUCAGUCCCUCAUAAUUGCUCACCAACAUAACUUAGUAGGAGAGAACUACUCCGAGGCCAUGCUGCUGGAACUGGAAGGAUUGGAUGCAAGCAGAAUUGACACUCUCAACAAACUCCUGGCAGGAAAACAAGCUGUUGUUCACCCGUUUUGUGUUUACUCCUAUGAUGGAAGGGCAAAGUUCCCCACUGCCUUGAGAACCAUAAACUGGUCAACAAGUCAGCUUUCUUUGGUGUGCGAGCGUGCCACUGCCAGCAAAAUUUCUAGCAGACUUAGUUUGGAAUGGAUAACUUGCGUCCCAAGUUACUGA